CUAUCGAACAGGCAAUGAAAAAACUUGUUUUGUCUCUCUGACCAAUAAAACAACCGAAAAAACGCUAGCUUUCGGGUAUUUUGCGAUGUGAAGAAUGCAAGAUAAAAGUAAAAUUUAGUGAUUUAGUGAAAUUCAUCUUGGCGCUUUUUCUUCUUCCUAAAUCAUGACUACGCGGAAUCAAGUGGCGGAGAUGUCGCGAAAGGUGGCGCAUCUUGAGGAAGUAAAGCGACGACUUCUGAGGCAGAACAUUCUGCUGAAGCGGAAACUCACGCAGAUACGCAGACUGACGAAUGAGCACAUUGUGCAAUCUCAAAUGUUGCAGCAAGAAGUAAUGUCUUAUGUUACAACCAAGGUAUCAUCAAAUCAAACCACUGAAGAUACAUCGUCAACGUACAACUUCAAUGAAUUGCCAGCUUCAACAUUUACCCCAACUGUGUCAUAUAAACCCAAACAUGCCCGUCGACUGCCUACUCUCACGGAGGAAGAUUCAGAUUAAUAAUUGAAAGACUUGAAGUUCUUUAAUUCUACAUAUUUAUUUCAUGUUUGUUUUUUUUUUAUAAAGAUUUAUGCUCAUUUUUUUAUGUACAAAAUACUACAAUGCUGUGUAAGAAAACAUUUUUAAUAACACAAUAAUAACUACUUUGAGAGAUUAAGCGAUUUAAUAUUUACAAAAAAGCUCCAAUUAAUUUUUUUUUAUAAAAUUUUUCUUUUCUUUUUUUUUUGUUUAAAAUAUUCUUUGUCAUAUUCUCACGUAGAGAGGGGAUUUUUUUCUUUGAGAAAAAUCCUCCCGUCUUAGCCUAGACACGCACCAUGCGUACUCAAUUUUAUUCAGAACAUAAAAAACUUUUCAUUCAAAAAUGCGUCUAGUUUAGUUGAUGUAGAGAACAAUAUAUUGUAGCUUUAACGAUGAAUAAAAACUUAUAAUGUCUUAAUAAAAAAA